AUGUGGCGUCAGAUAGGGAUAUCUUCACAUCAACGUCAAGUUCCAUCCCGAGGAUUGAAGAGAUGUCGCCUGAUCCACCUUCUCAUCUUGCUCGUUGUAAUAGCCUUUUUGCCUUCUUUUUCGCACUGGCUCUUCAUAGCGACGGAACACCCUGCAGAUUGGAGUUUCUCCACAGCUUCUGGCGACACUGGCGGAAUUGAGAUCUGUACAAGUGACUGGUAUGCUCCAAUACGAGCAACUGUAGACGGAAGUUACCGCCUGCAACUUAACUUACCAGUGGAUUCAACCAUCGCAACAACCCGCUUUAACCGCGUUCAUAGCAGCAAAGUUAUGAAAUUUGACAGGUAUCCACGCCCGCUCUCCUUCGAGGAUAUGGCUGCCAUUGAGGAUCGACUUUGGCGUCUGCCUGUGGACAACCGGGUGUACCUGCUUUAUCCACAGAGCCUCAACAUGUCGGAGGUCGUUAGCAGAGUGAAGUCGUGCCGAGCAGUGCCCGAGAGUCCUGAGAACAAUCCUCCAAUUCAGCUUCUCCAUGUCAGUUCUACGAUUUGUCUUCCGGUGAAGGAAAACGAUGUAAACACUAGCUUCGCUCUCGAAUCCAAAUACGACCUAGUGGUUAUGGUCAAGUCCGCAGUUUACAACUUCCAUGACCGUCAAACAUUCCGCAGCCUGUACGCCCGAAUCAACGACUUCAGUAAACACAGCACAUAUCCUCUCCGAAUAGGCAUCCUCUUUUCCGUUGGUCUGCCCAGACGAUCUGGGAAUCGGAUAUUCGAUCGUGACGGAUAUAACUUGACCCUCACUAAUCGAGCUGGAGAGGCUCUAAAAGACACCGAACACACCCAUCCACUAAUCCUCCGACAUCUGAGACAAGAAGUAUUGCAGUAUAACGAUCUCCUUGUAGGCGACUAUGAAGACACCUAUUACAACCUUACAACAAAAAUGAUGACGGCCUUUCAAUGGGCUGCCAGGUUUUGUCGAACCGAACGGCCUGGCUUCCUCUUCAUAGACGACGACUUUGGCUUCCACCCGGCGAAUCUACGUCAUCUUCUCGGAGGCCUGGAAGCAGACUGGCGAGAGCGCAUGAUCGUCGGUGUAGAACACACCAAAGUACCAGUACUCCGUUUCGGCAAAACUGCCUAUUUUUACCCAUGGGCAUUCUCCAAGCGUGAGAUGCCCUGGCCCCAACUGGCACCAUAUAGUUAUGGUGCGUUCUACUUCCUGGGAUAUGAACAGGUGGAGAAGCUGGCCAUCGCUAUGCAUUUUACUCGCCCCAUCCCUGUUGACGACGUCUGGUUGGGUCUGAUUAUGACAAAGUUGGGUCUGCGCUUCCAGUACCGACCUGGCAUUCGGCUACUCACCAGAUUCAAUGGUAUUAGAAAAAGAGAAAUUAUAAUGCCAAUGCCGGCUUUGUAUAAAAUGCUUCGAGUGUAA